AUGAUGAACCGGGAAAACGCGCUCCCGUCGCGGUGCGCGGCCAAGCGAGGAGGCGUCUCGGCUGGCGUCCCGAGCCAAUGGCGCACGACGCAGCUCGACGCUCCCAGACGCGGCCAGCCCAGACAUCAUUGCAGACUUGACACCGGCGGAAGCGGACGUCCGGCAUCCCCGGCGUGCAGCGACGAUACGCGCCUUUCUUUUCUUUUUCCGAAUGAAGCACCGACAAUCAGACGAGCUCACGAUGACUCGCAGCGAGGAAGGACGCACUUUUUUCGGCAGCAGACGAGCGGAGACGCGUGGGUAGCGAGAUCGAACAAAACGCCCAUAAGUUGCACAAAUGAACGGGUUCAGGUGGCUUGGAGCUGCAGCAAGGGGGGGAGCCCCAGAACACCACAAGGAGAGACCAGACCAGAUUUGGGAGAGAGGUCCAUGAUGGAGGUGCAGGCCCGCACACAACGCCACUUUGGAUCCCCCCCCACCCCAAACCAUGUCUGCAUUUGUUCCCGUCACACACCCUCCCUUGCCUUUUGGGCUCCGGGGCCAUACAGUAAGAUGGAGAAGACACGCCUAUCCGAUACCGCUUUGAUGUCCACAUCAUCACAGCAGUAUCUCGCUUUCCGUUAUGGAGUCAUUCCAGAAGGUUCAGCGAAAACCCGAACAUGAGAAAACAGAUUUUUAGCAUAGAAAUCAUCUGUUCCAGACACCACCGACGUUCCAAACAAUACAUUUCAUGGAGAAGAAUUCUACUUGUAGGACGUGACGUCAUUGUAGUUGACCAAUGGGCAGUGUCAGGUCUCUUUGUAUGAAACCAGAGACAAUCUAUGAAAACCAGGGCAACAUUUUAGUGAAAAUGUUCACCAAAAAACUGAAUCACACGAAAACUAGUGUGAGCAAAAACAACGUUCCACAAACGCCGAGUCGCUGUUUCCACGGAAAAAUCUCCUUUAAGAAGUACCUCAGCGUCAUUUAGCAUAAGACA